GUUGCCAUCACUUCCGCUAAAAUGGCAGACGUAGAUAUUGAGAAUUCGAAAAGUGAACAAAAAACAACUCAAGAUCAAACAAAACCUGAGCUAAAAGAUUCUUUAACUUUAGAAGCUCUAAGAAUUGUAAAGGACGCACAGCAACAACAUGGUUUGCGACAUGAUGAUUAUCAUAGAUACAGGCAAUAUUGUGCCAGACGUUUACGACGCGUUCGUAAAUCGUUGCAUUUUCCACAAGGAAAUAUGAGGAAGGUACAACCUAAAAAGGUUACCGAGGAUCACCUCAAAGAUGUUAAAUUUUUGUUAAUUCCUCUCUUUGAAGCCGAAAGAGCUUGGGCAUAUGCUGUUGCUCUCAAGUCCGAAUCGAAUACUGAACCCCGUAAAAAGUAUCAUAAACUAAGCCGUUUAAGAAAAGCUGUACAACACGCUUCACUUUUAAAUGCACUAUGUUCUGCUAAAGUCUGCGAUGCUAGAUCUAAGCUUGAAGCAGAAGCUUACGAAUCAUGGAUGAGGGCAAGCUAUGAAUUUGAAUUAGAAAAAUGGCAAGAAGCUGUCACUGGGUUUCAAAAAGCUCAAACAAUUUAUAAUCGAUUAUUUGAUGCUAUAACUGAUGACUCUAAAGAAUUAUAUAAAAUAAGGUGCGAUGAAAUAACACCAAUUCUAAGAUAUUGCGAAUACAAUAUCGGCGACAAGAGUGCCAUGGAAGAACUAAGGAAGCUAAGAAUGACCCAAGGUGGGGCUUUAUCCAGUCAACUAGAUGAGCUCAUAGAAAAAACUAAAGCAAAGCAAGUUGCAACUCUAUCGGAAGUUUCUUGGAGAGGUAAAAUUAUACCUAUCAAGUCUGAAACUAUACGAGUUCAUUUACUGAAUGUCCAAGAACUCGAGCGUUCUUUGUCUGAAUCGGAAAAUGCAGAAGCAAAGCUUUCUAUUUAUGAAUCACUACUGAAGGACCUAAUUGACUCUGCUGCUGCUUUGAAAGAAGAAUCUAAAGAUGAUCCAACUUUCCGUAGUAUCAUCAGAGGACAACAAAUUGAGGGACGUGUACCUCAAAGCGUACAUUUAUAUUCUUAUAUAAUGUACAAGAGAUUGAAUCAUAAUAUAGAUCGUUAUCUAUUAAUGAUCAAUCAGGCAAAACAAAACUUAGAAGUACCAAGUAAUUCAGAUCAAAAGAAGACGAAACCACACGAACUAGCAAGAUUAUAUGAUACAAUUGUUCAAAAUGCAAACGAUAUAACGACUCUUCCAGGUUUAGAAGAAGACCUGGAAUUGAAGAGAGAAUGUAAAGUAAAGAUUGCCGUAUUUAAAACUUAUAGAUGCUACUAUGCCGCUAGAGCUUACCAGAAUGUCAGUAAAUGGGGCGAAACUAUGGCAUUAUACGAUUUGGUUGAAGUAAGAGGAACUAAAGCUCUUGAGCAAUUAGAGAAUACGAACUCAGAUAAUGCUUUCAAGUCUGACAUAUUAAAUUUAAUAAAUGAAGCGGAUGCAGGAAAAAGUGUGUGCAGGGUUUCAAAAGUAUCAGAUAUACAUGAUUUAAAUAAGAGAACGAAAAAAUUAUCAGUAAAAGACUUAAAAAUACCUUUGGACGAACGGCUCGACCUCUUUGGUGAAGAUAGAAGCUUAACUGGAGAUCAAGUCAACUUGACAUCUUUACCUCCCGAUUUUGAGCCAGUUGCAUGCAAACCAUUGUUUUUCGAUUUGGCCUUAUCCCUACUGAAGUUUCCAAAUUUGGACGACCAGAUUGGAGAGAAGAAAUCGGCUGCUGCUGGAGGUGGUAUUGGUGGUAUGAUUAAAAGUUUAUGGGGAUGGGGUAAAAAAUAG